UUCACCGUCUGCAAGUGAAAUCUUCAGGAAAUAUUUGUUGGAUUCAAAAAGCAACAACGAGCGAAACGUUUUGCAAGUAAAACUGAAAUGGCUGAGAGGAAGAGGAAGCGUCCUGCCCUCACAGGGCCUCACAGCUCCUCCCCUGUGACGUCUGACAACUCAUCUGAUCAGAAGAUCAGCCCCGGCACAGAGCAACCAAUCAGUUCACAGAUGAGAGCGGAUGGGUCCACAAGUCCCAGCAUCCUUUCCAUGAAGAGUGACAAAUCCAGGGGCAUGCCAAUGAACUUUGGCAACGAGAACCCUGAACGUUCACAGAUGAGAGCCGAUGGGUCCAGGAGUCCCAGCAUCCUUUCCUUGAAGAGUGACAAAUCCAGGGGCAUGCCAAUGAACUUUGGCAACGAGAACCCUGAACGCUCAGACUGGGACCAGUCUGAUUCACCAGCAGCCGAACCCUGCCAGAAGAAACCCAAACAAGAUCCUGAAUAUCAGAGAGAUGACACUGGGGACACACCUCUUUUGGAAGCGAAGAAGGAACUUAAAGAAGCAAUGAAAAAGAAAUGCACUUCGAUAUCUGAAGGUUAUGGUGACCAACAGAGUUCGCUGAACAAAAUCUACACAGAACUCUACAUCACCACUGGGGAGAGUGAAGGGCCACAAGCAGAGCAUGAGUUCAGACACCUUGAACGUAAAAAAACACAAGCAUCUCCUGAAGGUACAGUCAGCCUCAGCGACAUCUUCAAACCUUUGCCUGGCCAAGAGAAAUGCCACAGAACAGUCCUGACGAAGGGCAUUGCAGGCAUUGGAAAAUCAUUUUCUGUGCAGAAAUUCAUUCUUGACUGGGCCGAGGAGAAAGAAAAUCAGGAUACUCAGUUUGUUUUCUGUCUUGCUUUCAAAGAGAUGAAUUUGAGCACAGAUACAAAAAGCUUGGACAAGCUGCUGACUGAAUUCCACCCUGCACUCCACAGUUUGAACGGUUCAACUGAUUAUGUUAAAACCAAGGUUUUAGUGAUCCUGGACGGCCUGGAUGAAAGCAGACUUCAACUGGACUUAGAGAACAAUAAGACUGUAACAUCUGUCAGUGAAGUUACAUCUCUUAAUAACCUCCUAUCAAACCUGAUCCAGGGUAACCUUCUUCCUAAUGCAAAACUCUGGAUAACUUCCCGUCCAGCAGCAGCCAAUCAGAUCCCUGCAAAGUAUGUCGACAUGGUGACAGAGAUAGGAGGUUUCAAUGAGUCACAAAAAGAGGAGUACUUCAGGAAGAGAUUUAGUGAUGACUUGACUCUUGCUGACAGAAUCAUUUCACAUAUCCAGUCUUCAGUGAGUCUCGACAUCAUGUGCCAGAUCCCGAUCUUCUGCUGGAUUUCUUCUGUGUUAUUUCAGGAUGUUUUCAGUGGAGAUGGCAAAGCUGAAACUCCUCAAACUCUGACAGAGAUGAUGGCAUAUUUCCUUUUUGUUCAGACAAAACAUAGAAGCAGAAAAUAUGACCAGAAGACUGAGAAAAAUGAAGAGAAUCUUCUGAAGACACACAGAGAAUUUCUCCUGAAACUCGGCAAACUGGCAUUUGUUCAUCUGCAGAAGAACAACCUCAUCUUCUAUGAGGAAGACCUGGAAGAGUGUGGCAUCAACAUAAAAGAAGCAUCUAUCCACUCUGGAUUUUGCACCACAGUUCUUAGGGAAGAAGAACUCUUUUCUCAGAGAAAGGUUUUCUUCUUUGUUCAUCUGACCAUACAGGAGUUCUUUGCAGCUCUCUAUGUCUAUGACUGUUUCACAAACAAGAAUACAACAGAGCUCAGCAACUUCCUUGAUGUGAAAGACAAAAAACAUACUUUACUUGAUCUUCUAAAGAUGACAGUUGACAAAGUAUUACAGAAGAAUAAUUGCCACCUGGCCUACUUCUUACGAAUGCUCCUUGGCCUCAUGGUUGAAACAAACCGGAGAGUCCUUCAGGGUCUGCUGACGUCACCGGACCCAAGCCAAGAUACUGAAAAGAAAAUCUUGACUUACCUCAAAUCCAUCCGAAGAAAGACCCUCUCUCCAGACCGUUGCAUCAGCCUCUUCCAGGCCAUGGUUGAGAUGAGAGACCAGAAAGUCAAAGAUGAGAUUCAGGAAUAUCUGAUGUUGAAAGAUCGUUCAAAAACUGAGCUGACUCCCCUGUACUGCUCUGCACUGGCCUACAUGCUGCAGGUAUCGAAGAAUGAUCUGGAUGUUUUGGACUUGAAGAGUUACAACACAUCAGAUGAGGGUAGAAGGAGGCUGAUACCAGCAGUGAAGAGCAGCAGAAAGGCAAUACUAGCAGACUGCAAAGUGACUACAGAGUGGGCUGAACAUCUGGCGUUUGAUCUCAAGUUCCCCAACACACCUCUACGAGAGCUGGACCUGAGCAACAAUGACCUGAAAGACGAAGGAGUGGAGCUUCUCUGUGAUGGACUGUCAAGUCAAUCCUGCAAACUGGAGAUACUGAGGUUGUCAGGUUGCAUGGUCACUGAGACAGCCUGUUGUUUUCUGGCCUCAGCUUUGAAAUCCAACCCCUCCCAUCUGAGAGAACUGGAUCUCAGCUACAACCAUCCAGGAGACUCUGGAGUGAAGCUUCUCCUUGAGCUGAAGGAUGAUCCACAAUACAAGCUCAGCAUACUCAAUGUUGAACAUGGUGGAAAACACCGGAUGAUACCAGGAUUCAAGAAAUAUGCCUGUGAGCUCACUUUGGAUCCCAACACAGCCCACAAGAACCUCCGUCUCUCUGACGGGAACAGAGAGGUGACCUGGGUGGAAGAGGAGCAGUCGUAUCCAGAUCAUCCAGAGAGGUUUGAUCAGUGGCCACAAGUGCUGUGUGAGCAGGGUUUAAAUGAACGCUGCUACUGGGAGUUCGAUGUGUUGAAGCCCUUCAACAUUGGGGUGACAUACAGAAGCAAUGAGAGGAAAGGGGAUGUGAAUGAUUGCAAGCUGGGACGCAACGACAAGUCUUGGAGUCUUAAUUGCUGUAAUGCUGAUUGUUUUGUUCUGCACAACAACGACCCUAUCACUGUAUCUUCCCUCCGCUCACGCUCUAGUCGGGUGGGGGUGUAUCUGGAUUGGCCAGCUGGCACUCUGUCCUUCUACAGAGUUUCCUCUGACAGUCGGAUUCGCCUCCAUACCUUCAAAACAACAUUUGAUGAGCCCCUCUAUCCUGCUGUUGAACUUCGCACUCAUUCCUCUGCAUUACUUUGUCAGCUACCAUAAACAAACUUUCACUGCACCACAUAAGUGACCUUAGGCGUAGAUUUGCAUAAGGUCGUGACAUGUCCUAUACAAGCAAGGGGCUACUUACUUGUUACUACCAAUAUUUUAAGCAAUCUAGACUUGACAUUUUAGAAACCACACACGAUUAAUUGCUGCUAUCCUCAGUAUCAAGGCAGGUUUGCGUGAAGUGAAAGAGGAAUAUGUACUGUAUCGUUUUGUCAGUCCACCACUCAGACUGAAAUAUCUUAACAACCAUAAGAUGAACAGCCAUGAAAUCUGGUACUGACUUUGGUCAUCCUUUGUAUCUUCCCUUUGUGCCAUCAUGAAGUUGAGGCUUUGAGGAAAAUUACUCAAAAGCUGUUUGGUAGCUUACUCUGAAAUGAGGUACAUUCAUGUCGCCCUCAGAAUGAAUUGUAAAAACUUUGGUGAUCCCUUAACUUCCCUUUAAGACCAUCGUUGGGUCUAUUUGUCCAAUACUUUAGUUAAUUACCAAAUAACUUUACUUAACUGAGUCACUAUCAUAACUGCAUAUUUGUUAGUGACGAGAAAACUAUAUUUUGGAGUAUGUCAGAUUUUGCAUAUUAAAAUGAUAUCUACAUAUGUAAAUUAUUGAUCUUUGUAUUUGAGCUUACAAUACAUGAUUUACUUUCCUGUUUAAAUCAUUAAUUCAAUCAUUUGUGGUGGAAAAUAAAACAUGCAGUUGAAGAGGCAUAAUUGAUGUGACCAAACAGGCUCUGAAAGUUACAAGAUCUUCCUGUCUAAAAAAUUAGCCAUUCACUUGCUGAAUAUCUGUCGUAAGGGUUAUGUGUUGAUUAUUGUUGUGAAAAUGGAGAUAAAUUGUGUUGAGCCUCUGUGGUGCUUCAUUUUACUUAGUGGGAUCUUGUUGCGAAACCUUGACCAAAAGGAAUACUUUUUCUCUGCUGGUUCGCACUGCAAAUGGUGGUCAAGACAUAGUCCAGCACAUAACCCCUUGGCACAUCCCAACGUGUCAUUUAGUCUUAGUCGGGAUUAAACAAACCAGACACAACGUAUUAAUUUGUGAGUUUUAGAGUUGCGCUUCAUCAGAUUUUGUUACUGUUAGAUGGAGCUAGGCUAGCUGUGUUCUGUGCUAAGCUAAACGUCUCCUGGCUUUCAAGCUUCAGACUGGAUUUAACUAAAAAAAAACAACAACUUGUGUUUCUUGGGUGUUACAAGUGUUGUAAAAUGACUGCAGUGAAUGCUUUUGAAAAUAAAGGUAGUAAA